AUGGGCUGCCGCACACACACUCGCUUCCAGUUCACGCCCUUCGCCACCGAGCCUCCUGAACCUCCCUCGCGCUUGCGCCAGCACCGCUCCCCUGACGCCUUGUCAAUACACCCUUACUCGUGCGUCACCAGUCCCCUACUGGACCCCAGCGGCCUGAGCAACCCUUCCCGCACCCCUCCUAGCGUCUCUUUGUACUCUCUGCAAGCUCCAAUGCUACCCCCCAGAGGAGGCAUGCGAACCCCUAGCUGCCUUCCCCCGGCUACCACCAUGCGUGCUCGCGCGCCCUACCCACGCCAAGUGCCUCGCCUGCAGGCUCACUCGCGCUACCACCUUCCUUCAAUCGUUGCUGCCGACUCCCACUAUCAUCACAGCAGCUGCGCCUCGCCUCCGCGCUACUUCCUGUUCCCCCAGCCCCCCGCCCCCGGUCACCACACCCACCCAGGCAAUGUCCUAGACGCCCAGCAGCACCAACCCCGCUACACCGCCAAACGACUCGGCCCCUCAGACCCACACAGCACACGCGAGACGCCCGCAACGCGCCACCGCCAGCGGGCGGAGAGAGAGCCCAACCGAGGGCCAGCCAGGCCGAGGCCCGAGCACGGACCGAACGCGCACCGCGAGCCCGAGCAGCAGCGCAGACGUACCCGCCGCCAGACGCCCAGCUACGCCGGCGCAGCAGGCCAGGAGCCCGAGGCCCAGGCGACCAGAGGACCGCACGCGCCAGCCGCCAGCCCCCACGCCGACGGCAAGAAGCAGAGCAACGCCAGCCGAGAGCCCGCCACGCGCAGACGACGCCGAGAGCUCCAGCGCAGCCAGCCCUCACCGCGCACCACAGCCGCCAGCGACGCGCCACGCCCAGCGACAGCGAGCGCACGCCCAGACGCGCCAGCCCGCCGACCGAAGCGGCCCAGCCGCCCCACGGCAACCAGCCGACAGCCCAACGCCAGCAGGACGAGAGGACCGCAGAGACGGCAGAAGCGAAGGGAGCGCACUGCAGAGCGACUGCACGAGAGCGAGCGUAGACCGCCCCAGCCGCCCAGGCACACCCCGAAGAGGAGCCACCACGCACCGACGGCCACUCCCCCCCGCACGCAAGCCCAGCCACGCCAGACCCCAAGACACGCCCACCGCCAGCCCGACGCACGACGGGACCCCACGCCCACGCGCCCACGCACGCUCCACAUGCCCGCCACGCCCAGCACCCGUCCACGCUGUAGACGGACCGACGCCAGCCCCCCAAGGCCCACUAGCCCGCCCACCCCACCGAGCCCCCACGGAGCCCCAGGAGCGGACUCUGCCUCGCUCUCCCUCCACCCUCCUUUUACCAUCCUAUCGACCAAAUACGCCUCAAGCACACCCCCACCCUGGGCGAUGAAAAUUCCCGAACCAACAACCCGCCCCCAUCGCCACCCUUCCGCCCUCCGUCCUCCACACCACACUAAUCAUCGACACCCGACAGCACACCACACCCUCCCAUUCGCCUCCUCCUCCUCCUCAAUCCUGCUGCUCCACCACUGCGGCCACCCCCACGUCGCACGGCAACCUUCAAACGCCUCGUACGCCCACGAGCUACCUACAGCUCCUCCAGUCAAACACCCCUGCCCGGCAGCCAGCCGUCGACGCCGCCACUUAGCUGCUACCCGACCGAGCUACACUCCCCCCCCAGCCCUCCCUACCAGUACACCUGGGCACAGUCCGAGCCCCACUAGUGUCAGAGACUAUCCCCGCCUCUCUACUAACCACUCGGGCACCAGUGACGCCCCCAUUCAGUCGUACGAGAGCUCACCUCCCCAUCUCAGUCACCACCUGGGCCAGAGCCCUGCAGCCCCAUUCAGUGUACAGAGAGUCCACCCUCCCCAGCUCCUUACGUACACCCUUCGCCGCGCCACAGCUGCCCACGCCCAUCUAGUGUCUCACCGAGCACGUACUCCCCAGCUCUCAGUACCCCACCCGCUGCACACCCGUGACCCAUCUAGCCGUAACCCCCGCAGCAGUCCACUCCACCCCACGUCUCAAGCCCUCUCACCCUGGCCGCACAGUGACCCAUUUCACGCUGUACGCCCGAGUCACCUCUCCCUCCCUAGUCACCCCCUGGCGCACACCGUGAACCGCCCACUCCUAGUGACCCCACGAAGUCACUCCCAGCUCCUAGCUACCAUCUCCGGUCCCACCAGCUGCAGCCAUUACCGUCCCCGUAGAGAGUCCAUCCCCCGUCUCCCCCAGUCACCACCUGCUCCGCGCCACCAGUGA